CGGAGAUGCUCGAGAUAGGAAAUUUUCGGUCACCCAUCCUGUGAUUGGCCGUAGCGAAAUUUGCUUAACAACCAUAUCUCAUAUCAUUAAUAUCCCACCAGGCGUCAGUACGCGCUCACAGAGACCACGCCGGUGGUCACUUCAGCUGUUACAAUGUGGUCAGGGUAAGUUCAUAUUUUUGUCUAUUAUUCUAAUGGCCAUUCAGGUAUUUAAGUUUACCAUUUUCGAAUCAGCAAAGACAUAUGAUAUUAUACGUAACUGUUGGCAGGUGAGGUCCCAAAACGUGUACUUUUUCUAGUCUAGAAUAGGUCUGUAUAAACUCACAAAUAAGUAUAAAUACUAUAAUUUAUUUUAAUAUCACAAAUUCGUAAGUAUCUUUGUAAUAAAAUGUGGUACACAGAAAUAUGGAUAUGCCAUAACCCUCCACGCUGGCCCAAUGCGGAUUGGAGGCUAUUAGCCACUGCAAAUGCAGCCGGGACUAACGCCUUAACGUGCUCCGAAGGAGUAUCUCGAGAUAGUGUAUUUUUGGUCACCCAUCCCUUGUGAAAGUUGCUUAACAAUAACGAUCGCGGGCCGUCACAAUUAUCCACUACGCCACCGAGCUACUUUAACUACUAGCUAAUAUUGUGAAGAGAAAAGAUUCGAUUGUCUGUUUGCAUUUAAUAGACUUUGAACUUCCAGUAGUUUAAAAAGGACGUGACGUCACCCGCUCUUUGCGGUCACGUGACAACAAGCAUAAUAUAUGUUCUUUCAUAAUUUGUUUAAGAAAUAUUAUAUUAAACGCUACCAGAAAAAUAAUAAUAUGUAUUUAUUUUCGUUUACUGUCUACAUCCGUAUUGUGUAAUCUAUUGUCUAGAUACAAAAAAUAGUGAAUGGCCGCUUAUGGGAGAGGUAUCAGCAUAGACGGAAGGAAGUGUCCGAGGAGGCCGGGGCUCCAAACGAACGGAUGCUCUUCCACGGAUCACCGUUCAUCAACGCGAUAGUGCAGAAGGGCUUCGACGAGAGGCACGCUUAUAUAGGAGGCAUGUUCGGCGCCGGUAUAUAUUUCGCUGAACAUUCUUCGAAGAGUAAUCAGUACGUGUACGGAUUCGGAGGCGGGACUGGUUGUCCCACGCACAAAGACCGAAGUUGUUACCUAUGUCACAGGUGAGAGAGUAGCAAUUUCAUUAGCAAAUAAUAUAAGAAUUAUUGCAACGGUUAUUCUAUAUGAUGUUAACGUAUAUAUGAAGUAUAUGUGUGUAGUGUGAAGUGUAAUAUAAACAUUAUACAAUAUAUAUAAAUAUUAUAAUUUACUUCGAUUUUGGACUUUAUUGUUUUUUUUUCAUAAUAAAAAAACAAAUAAAUUACACAAUAUUUAUCAAUCUAUAGGACUUAGGACAUUUGCAUCGUGUUAUUUUUUAUUAAUCUACUUCACAGCUAUAUCGAAUAAUUAAUACAACUUAUAAUUUGGUCGCUUUUUUAUUUAUUAACAAAAAGUCAUCCAUAAUUUAAUAAAUUAUUAUUUAAUAAGUUAUAAAUUCUAAACAGUAUACAAAUAAACAAAAAAUGUUCUGUAAAUCGCAUAGAAUAAAUAUAAAUAUAUAUUUUUUUGAUCAUAGAAUUUUCUCUAUUAGAACAACCAUAUUUAGUAGUUGUUUAAAACUAAUUCCCCUUUCUAAAAUAGAAAAAGUUCGUGUUGUGUUUUAUAAUAAUCAAGCUAUAUUAAUCAGUAUAAUUACCGAUGAUAAUAAUUAUCACUCCGAACCCUGGUUGAAAAUUCUUUGGUUGCUGGUCAUAGUCUGUGCAUAUGUAUAGGAUAUAUACACCAAAGAAAUUUGUAGUUUUCUUAGCAAAUUGUAAUGUGACAAAUAAUAAAAUCGUAGAAGCAUCGUGUGACGUCAUAUUUCAAUAAACAAGACGUCAACGUAAUGAUGCGAGUGUAACCACUACUUGUGUUUUUUUGAAAUCUUAAUAAAAAAAUGUCUGUCCUUUAUUUAAUAAUACGUUUUGGAGAAAAGUAAAUCUGAAAAUGGCAGUUAGUUAAAUGUUAUCCCAAAACAGUCAAGAACUUAAACUAAAAAAAACGUAAUAACUUAAGAAAGGGGGGGGAGGAUCCGGGAUCCAAACAGUCAAGUACCUAGUACCUAGCCGGUGAUGGGAUGUUGUUAUGUGUUCCGUAGACACAUGCUGCUGUGCCGCGUGACGCUGGGGCGCGCGUUCCAGCUGAUGAGCGCGAUGAAGAUGGCGCACGCCCCCCCCGGCCACCACAGCGUGGCGGGCCGGCCCUCGCAGGGGGGGCUCUGCUUCCCCGAGUACGUGGUCUACAGGGGGGAACAGGCAUACCCCGAAUACCUGAUUACAUAUCAGAUAGUGAGCGCCGAAGGUAACUCUGGCGCUGUUUGAACAGUAUUGAACCAGUGUGUGGGCUGUAAAAUUAAUCUGUAUAUAUUUGAAAAGCGAAACAAGACUCAUAGACUGGUUAAUCAAGAAAUCUCACAAUAAAUUGCAAUUAAAAAGUAAACAUCAUGGCUGAAUGGAAAUGGAUUCAUUUGCCAUACCGAUAAUGGGAAAAUUAAAAAAAAAGAGAUGUAUAGUCUGUGGGCGUUAGAUUGAAUAGUCUAUUUUAUAACAAUUUUAUGUAUUAAAAUCAAAGAUAAUUUUAUUUAUUAGCAAACUAAAUAGCAGUUAUUAAAUGGAAUAUUUUUUUUAGCAAAUACACUUGCUCAUGAUUUUAACAUGUCUUUUAAGACCAAAAAUACAUUUUCUGUUUGAAAAUUUAUAGAUUUCUGAUGUAUGAUAAAAAAAAAAGAGUUCGUUAUUCUUGAAAAACAUAUAGCUUUUUCAUAAUAUACUGCUUAAGGUAUAAUCGGUCUUCCUUCGUGUGUCCAAGUGUUUCCUAACCUAAUUGUAAGUGGCUU